AUGGCGCCGGCCGUUGGAGGUCCAGUUGGCUACACACCCCCGGAGGGCGGCUGGGGCUGGAUGGUGGUGAUAGGGGCCUUCAUCUCUAUUGGCUUCUCUUAUGCGUUCCCCAAGUCCAUCACAGUCUUCUUCAAGGAGAUUGAAGUGAUCUUCAACGUGACCAGCAGCCAGGUCUCCUGGAUCUCCUCCAUCAUGUUAGCGGUCACGUACGGCGGAGGUCCUAUCAGCAGUAUCCUGGUGAAUAAAUAUGGGAGUCGCCCUGUUAUGAUGCUGGGAGGAUGUCUUUCUGGAUUGGGCCUCGUCGCUGCCUCUUUCUGCAACUCUGUCCAAGCACUGUACUUUUGCAUUGGCGUAGUGGGAGGAUUGGGAUUGUCCUUCAACCUAAACCCUGCCCUCACUAUGAUUGGGAAGUACUUCUACAAGAGGCGGCCCAUUGCCAACGGCCUUGCCAUGGCUGGUAGUCCUGUCUUCCUGUCCACGUUGGCACCUCUCAACACGUGGUUCUACGACCGCUUUGGCUGGAGAGGAAGCUUUCUCAUCCUGGGCGGCCUGCUGCUCAACUGCUGCGUUGCCGGUUCCCUCAUGCGACCCAUCGGCCCGAAACCCAAACCGGUGGAGAAGAGUACGGAGCAGAGGUCCUGUUCGCAGAUCAUAAACAGCUUCAUUGACCUGUCUUUGUUCAAGCACCGUGGCUUCUUACUUUACAUUUCAGGCAAUAUUAUCAUGUUCUUUGGGCUUUUCGCACCAUUAGUGUUUCUGAGUAAUUUUGCAAAGAGCAAAGACAUUCCGAAAGAGAAAGCAGCUUUCCUGCUAUCUGUCCUUGCGUUUGUUGACAUGGUUGCCCGGCCCUCGAUGGGUAUUCUGGCCAACACCAAAUGGGUUCGGCCCAGAAUCCAGUACUUCUUUGCCGCCUCUGUGCUAUACAAUGGCGUGUGUCACGUCUUCGCCCCAAAGUCAGUCGACUACAAAGGCUUUGUGAUUUAUUCCAUGUUCUUUGGCUUUGCUUUCGGGUGGUUGAGCUCCGUAUUGUUCGAGACCCUGAUGGACCUGGUGGGAGCCCAACGAUUCUCUAGCGCCGUUGGCCUGGUCACUAUCAUUGAAUGUGGCCCCGUGUUGCUCGGGCCCCCCUUGCUAGGCAAGUUUAAGGACAUCUAUCACGACUACAAGUACACGUACCAGGGCUGCGGGAUCCUCCUCAUCGUCUCCAGUUUCUUCCUCUUCAUGGGCAUGGGCCUCAACUAUCGGCUGCUGAGGAAAGAGAAGAAAGCGGAGGAGCGCAUGGCCAGAGUGGGAGAUCAUAAAUCCUACAGGGUCAAUGCGGCCAAGGUGGUAGAGGCCAGGAACACAGAUACCGUCUAAAUGUUUUGGUCUCUUUUUUAGUCAAUUUGUUUGUUUCAAGUCGUAGAGCUAAACCUGAAAACAUUCUGCCUCAUUUAGGACAAAUGCGUGGAUAACAUACAGUGUUAUUAUGGCCAUUAAUCCAAAACACAUUUAUAUUGUACCAUCAGAUGCAAUUUACUGUUAAAUAUUUAUACGCCACUAAUGGUAUAUACUUAUCAUUUUUGAAAUAUGGACUGUUAGUGUCUGGUUGUGAUAAGUUUAAUUCACUUUUUACAUAGAAUCUAUAAUGUCGUCAUGCAGAGCAUGCAGAACAGGGUUUUAAUUCCUUAAGGACUGUAUGUACUGUACAUGCUUUGCAAAAGUCCAUCAUUAUUGUACUUGUAUCAUUAUGUUUAUCACACAAAUGUUACCCUACUAUUUUUUUCUUUCUGGAAGAUGUUUUGAAAUGAGGGCAUAGAGACCUCAUUGCUUGGCUUGCCUCUUUUUGUACAGGAAAAUGUACUACUGACUGACUGAGUUACUUUACACAAGUCAUAUAUUAAGUAUUCACAAUUACAGAGGACCUUUGCAACUUCCCACGCGUUUAUUUUUGCCUCACACAAAUAAAUAGAAAAACUCUA